GCGGAAGCGGAAGCGGAAGGCGGUGUCGCCAUGGCAGCGCGGAAGCGGAAGCGGAAGCGGAAGGCGGUGUCGCCAUGGCAGCGCGGAAGCGGAAGGCGCGGGCGAUGGCGGCGGGCGGCGCGGCGCUGUGGCGGCGCCUCUCGGCCUGGCUGCCGCGGGGCCGCUUCGGCCUGGCCGCGCUGCUCGGCCGCCUCUCCGACCGCUUCUCCCGGGGCCGCGACCGCCGCGCCCGCAGAUCAUCAUGGCUCUUUCURGCACCACUGCUCACCCCUCCUGUUCCAGUGAUCACGGCCCCACCRUGUUUGCUCUGUCCAGAAGGAGCACACAGGUUCCAGUGGAUCAGGAAUUUGGUCCCAGAGUUUGGGAUCUCCAGCUCGCAUGUCAAGGUGCUUUCAUCCCCUGUGGAAUUCUAYGAACUCCUCAAGGUGCAGAUAAAAGCAGCCAAGCAGCGSGUGGUGAUGGCCUCACUGUAUUUGGGAACAGGAGUCCUUGAGCAGGAGCUGGUGGAUUGYUUAGAAGAAACACUGGAGAAAUCGCUGCAAGCAAAAGGCUCACCUGACCUCAGAGUUUCCAUUCUCCUCGACUACACCAGGGGUUCCCGGGGCAAGAAGAAUUCCCGGACCAUGCUGCUGCCACUGCUGCAGAGAUUUCCCGAGCAGGUCCGUGUGUCCCUGUUCCACACCCCAAACCUGCGGGGGCUCCUGCGCCUCCUGAUCCCCGAGCGUUUCAAUGAGACCAUCGGGCUGCAGCACAUCAAGGUCUAUCUCUUUGAUGACAAYGUGAUCCUGAGUGGUGCAAACCUGAGUGAUCUGUACUUCACCAAUCGUCAGGACCGCUACGUCUUGCUGCAGGACUCUCCUGAGAUUGCAGACUUCUUCACGGAGCUGGUGGAUGCCAUUGGAGAUGUGUCCCUGCAGUUACAGCAGGAUGAUACCGUCCAGAUGAUGGAGGGAAUGAUACACCCCUACCAAGGAGACAAGGUUGCUUACUGUGAGAUUGCCAACAGGAGGGUCAUGGAGGUCAUCAACUCUGCCCGCACACGGCAGGAGCUCCUUCACACAAAGACUUUCCACAGCAGCCAGCCAGGCAGCUCCCUCUCAUCCCAGCAAGGCUCUCAGGCAUCUGGGAUUGUGAAACCAGAGCCUGACACCUGGAUCUAUCCCUUAAUCCAGAUGAAACCCUUUGGGAUUCAGAUAGAUGAGAUGGUCACAGAGACGCUGCUCACCGAGGCUGAGCGGGAUGCCAGGAUAUACCUGACCACUGGCUACUUCAACCUGACCCAGGCCUACAUGGACCUGAUCCUGGGCACCAGGGCUGAGUACCGCAUCCUGCUGGCCUCGCCCGAGGUCAAUGGGUUCUUUGGUGCCAAGGGGGUAGCUGGUGCCAUCCCUGCUGCCUACGUUUACAUUGAACACCAGUUUUACAGCGAGGUCUGCUACCUGCAGCAGCAGGAGAGGGUGCAGCUCCAGGAGUACUCCCGCACCGGCUGGACGUUCCAUGCCAAAGGCCUSUGGUUGUACCUGGCAGGGAGUGACCUGCCCUGCCUGACCCUGAUUGGCUCUCCAAAUUUUGGCUAUCGAUCCGUUCAUCGCGAUUUGGAAGCUCAGGUUGCCAUAGUGACAGAAAAUAAAGCCUUGCAGCAGCAGCUCCAUCAGGAGCAAGAGCAGCUUUACCUCUGCUCAGGUGUGGUCUCAACGUCAACGUUUGAGCAGCCAAAUCGUUAUGUGAAGCUGUGGGUGAAGCUGGUGACACCUCUGAUCAAGAAUUUCUUUUGAAAGAAGAAAAGUUGCUGCUUUGGGUUGAAGGUCCAGACGUAGGUGGGCCCCCGCGUCCGUGUCUUGUAGACGGGACACUCGUAGAU